CCCACCUCCACCCUCGCUCGCGCAUGACCACGUCGCUCUUUACUUCGACGCUGAUGAUAUCGUUUCUCGUCGUCGCAGCACCGCACAUCUUGCCCUGCCCCGUAGACCCACGCACACUUGCCGACUCGGCCGAUCCCACAGGCGAGAGCCGCAGGCGCAGACGACGGAGGAUAUCUGAAGGCGACACCAGCGACGACGCUGUGGGUGAAGAGCCGCGGCAGCAGCAGUUUAUUGAGAGGAAAUUGGCUGCAAAGCGAGAAUGUCCAGUGCCCAAGCCUGGUGGGCUGAUUGGCCAGGUCUUGGGUGUCUAUGACGAAGACAAGGAAGAGCAGCAGCUGUCCAUUGUGCAACGGGUCGAGAAGGCGAUAUGUAGGCCCUGGGGAAAGAGUGGCGGCCAGUAGCGAGUGUCUGGGAGGAAAGCAAUACAGUUGACCGAGUGUCAAAGCGGCAUCAAGACAGGCCAGGAGCGUGAAUCGGCGAAUGCAUGGCAUAUAUCCUACCCGGGGGACAGCUUCAUACUACCACAAGCUCUAGACACGCCACAUCGCAUUAGAGGGAAGGGUUGCAUCUCAAUGCAUAUAGCGGAUAACCAAUUCCGUUCCAAUGGGAGCAGACUUACAUGUACAAAUUCUUAUAUAUAUUCACUUAACACGCAUCGUCAACCAAUCAGACGUAACACC